CCCUUCUCGAAGUCUCUCCCUCUCUGCACCGCGAGACGACUCUCACUUCGCUGCAGCUUUACGAGUCGCCUUCUCUGAUGUCCGCUUGAGAGAGCUGUCGCGUUGCUCUCUGUUCGGCAGAUGGGGAUGGAGAAGCAAGAAGGCAAGGAGAGAGAGCGCAUCGAGACCGUCCUCAAGAUCUUAAAGAAGCAAGCUCCUCUCACGGUGAAGCAGGAGAAGUUCUGCAACGAUGCCUGCGUCGAACGGUUCCUGAAAGCCAAGGGAGAUAACGCGAAGAAGGCGGCGAAGCAACUAAGAGCCGUCCUUUGUUGGAGAGAGAGCGUCGGAACUGAUCAUUUAAUAGCCGAUGAGUUCUCUGAGGAACUGGCCGGUGGCUUCGCUUACGUCGCAGGUCACGACGGCGAAGCCAGGCCUGUUGUGGUUUUCCGCAUCAAGCAAGAGUAUCCGAAAACUCAUUCACAAAAAUUGUUUGUUCGCCUAUUGGUCUUCACGUUGGAAGUGGCAAUGUCAUCCAUGUCAAGAUUCGUGGACCAGUUCGUGAUUCUUUUCGAUGCCAGCUUCUUCAGGUCGGCAUCGGCUUUCCUCAACUUUCUCAUGGGCACUCUCAAGAUCAUCUACGACUACUAUCCAUGCCGUCUUCACAAGGCUUUCGUCGUCGAUCCUCCUUCCCUCUUCUCCUAUCUCUGGAAGGGUGUCCGUCCAUUUGUGGAACUGGCUUCGGUCACAGCGGUGGUCUCGUCCCUCGACUUCGACGAGUCGCUCGAAGACGCCGUGUUCGGGUCGUACCCGACGAGGACGGCGUCGCUACGGUUCGACGCGGCGGCCGACGCAGCCGCAAAGGCCUCCUCAAGAGUCGGCCUCUCCAUGUCGUCGCGCUUCUCCUUCACCGUCUCCCACCUCGACUCCCUGAAGCCGUGGUACCUCUCCACCACCACGGCCACUCCGCGCGCGGCGCCCACCGAAAGCCCUUCCCUCAUCGGCGCGUCCUCGCUCAACGCCCGGUCCUUCUCGUUCGCCUCCCCGGCCGCGCGCUCCGCGCCGCACUCCGCCGCCGCCUUCUCCUGGGCGCCGGACCCACGAAGCACGCCGUCCACCUCGUGCAAAUUCUCUCCGAGAAAGCAGAGGAAACCACCCCCGCCGUCCCCGACACCACAGCAGCAACCGAGGACACCUCGCCCGUCCUUCUUGCAGUCGCCGGUGGCGCUGUUCUCCUUCCGGAAAGAGGCUCACCCGGCGCAUAGUCGAGGCGAGAGGGAGAGGGAAUUGUUCCUCCCCUAUCUCAGGUUCCACCGGCGGCCGUACGAUGAGAUGGUGUACCGAGCGAAGAUGCGGCCGCCGCUCGGCGGGCUCAUCUCCAUCAUCUCCCCGCACCUCAAGCAGCAACACCAGCAGCAACUGCGUCGCAACGCCGUUAACAUCCACCACCACCACAAUCGCUAAGCUACUGAGCUAAUAUUACUGCUUCUUUUUAUUUAAUUUCCCUAAUGAGAUUAAUUAUACCACGCCUCCUCUCUGUGAUUGACUAUAUGACUAGAGUUUCAAAUCCACGAUUAGUUGCGAUGUAAAAUAUUAAUCUCCUGUGGCAAAUAACUGUGACGCAUC